AAAUUUCCAUGUAAUAUAUGACAAAGAUUUCAUUCCGACAAGGAUCAGACCUUCAAACAUUAAACUACUAGUUUAGCAAAACAAUAACAAUUUGAUACUAUAGGGUAGGUGGGUUUUAAUGCGUUAUAUUAAUUUCAAACAUAAUCACACACAUGAAUUCAAUUCUAAGAACAAUAACAACAUCGUUACUACCAAGAACAGUAUCUGUCACCAAAGUCAUGGAUUCUUCUUCCAACGUUACCACUAGUGGAUCUCAGAGACUUCUUGCGUUGGCACAACAUCUUCGUCUCUACAAGCCACCACCACCUUUUCCUGAAGAUGUUUUGGAACAGAGCAUUGAAGAAGAGAGUGGUGGCAAAGUUGUUUCUCAAUUGGGUUUUCCUGAAUCUGCUACCAUGAUUCAAAAUCCAGAAAAAUUUAGUCCUAAAAAAGCUGCUGUUUUGAUUUGUUUAUUUGAAGGCGAUGAUGGGGAUCUAAGGGUUAUUCUCACCAAACGCUCUUCCAAGCUUUCUACUCACUCAGGUGAAGUGUCAUUGCCUGGUGGGAAAGCGGAGGAAGGGGAUAAGGAUGACGCAGACACUGCAAAAAGAGAGGCAGAGGAGGAAAUUGGGUUGGAUCCUGAACUUGUCAAUGUUGUUACUGUUCUUGAACCAUUCUUGUCUAAGCACCUCCUAAGAGUAGUUCCUGUCAUCGGCAUACUUCAUGAUAAGAAAGCGUUCAAACCUGUUCUGAAUCCUGCAGAAGUGGAAUCAGUAUUUGACGCACCUUUGGAAAUGUUUCUCAAGGAUGAAAAUCGGAGUCAGGAGGAGAGAGAGUGGAUGGGAGAGAAGUAUUUGAUACAUUUUUUUGACUAUAUUGACAUCGAGCAGAAAAAUUAUCUCAUAUGGGGAUUGACUGCCGGAAUUUUGAUUAGGGCUGCAUCAAUUGUGUACAAACGGCCACCGGCUUUCGUAGAACAGAAUCCCAAAUUCAAGGUUCCACAGGUUGUAAGCAAGGAUAGUUCAAUGACUUGACACCAGUGUCUAUCUGUAUCAUAUUGUCCUCAAUAUAUACAUGUUCUUUUUUUCAUCCUACAAUAAUAUAUAUAUUCAUCACGAAUAUAAUUUAUAUCUCCUCAAAGAAAGGAAGAGGAUGCUGUCCAUCACUUGGAAUUCAUAUUUCUGCUCACCUUUUGUUUGGAUAUCUAAUGAUCGGUAGAAUCAAUCAAAUGGAAAGGGGUGUGAAAAAAUUCCAGACUAAUUUUGGGAUCUGGAAUAAUAAAAUGCUGUAAAGGUUUUAUUCUAGUGUAUGAAAUGAUAAGAUGGUGAAAAAUGAACUUGGAUUGUUCAUAUCAUUUUUAAUCCAUAGAUGUGAUGGCAAUUUGCUGUUUAAGACGUUGACAAUUUUUUUCUUCCCAAUAGAAUGACAUGUUUCUUUGUUUUUAA